AUGGCGAAGAAGUCUCCGACUGAGUACUUGAAGCUGUCGGCAUGGGCCCUCGAGCCGGAGCCCUCGACGUUCGCACCGAACGUCAGAUGGUCGAACAAGGAUAUGGACCCGGUACCCGUGCAGGCUAGGACAUGGACGACCUUGAAUUAUGUGGCCUACUGGAUUUCCGACGCGACGAAUGCUGCAGUGUGGGAGCUUGCUUCUAGUAUGUUGGCUACUGGACUAUCAUGGCGCCAGGCGCUGCCAGCUAUCGCUGUUGGCCACUGUAUUAUCGCAGUAGUGAUCCUUCUUAAUGGCACGAUCGGAGCCCGCCUUCAUGUCGCAUUCCCCGUUCUCAACCGAUCGUCAUUUGGAUUCUGGUUCAGUUACUUCAGUGUGAUCAGCCGCGUGCUACUCUCUCUGUUCUGGUUUGGUAUACAAACCUACACAGGAUCAGAGUGUGUCUACCAAAUGCUGAAGGCGAUUUGGCCUUCAAUAGCUCACAUGCCAAACCAUCUUCCUGCAACCGCAAACAUCACUACAUCGGGAAUCAUGUGUUACUUCCUGUACUGGCUCAUUCAGCUCCCCUGUAUGCUGAUCUCUCCUCAACGGAUCCGUUGGCUAUUCGUGGCGAAGGCCAUCAUUGUUCCGCCUACAUGGCUAGCGAUCUUAAUAUGGGCAUUUGUCAAGGUGCCGGCUAGCGAAGGCUUGUUUAAGCAGCAUGCUACAGUGUCCGGUAGCCAAUUAUCCUGGGCGUGGCUCAGUGCGUUGAACAGCGCUCUAGGAAUAUAUGCAACGCUUGGCGUCAACAUCCCAGAUUUCACCAGAUAUGCCAAGAAUGAGAAGGCACAAUAUGUACAGCUCGCCAUUAUUCCGGUCGCGUUUACGCUCUGCGGAUUCGUGGGCAUGGCGGUCACCAGUGCUGGAAUGGUCCUCUAUGACCAGACGCUCUGGGACCCACUGAAGCUCAUCAACCAAUGGGACAACCGUGCGGCCGCGUUCUUCGCAUCGUUCGCGUUCGUGUUGACGACGCUCGGCACGAACAUCUCUGCGAAUUCCCUGUCUGCGGCGAACGAUAUGACGGUCUUGUGUCCGCGGUACAUCAACAUCCGUAGAGGGCAAGUGCUGUGUGCAUUGCUGGGCGGAUGGGCGUUGUGCCCCUGGGAGAUCCUCGCUAGCGCGGAGGGUUUCCUCACGUUUAUCAAUGGCUACACAGUCUUUCUUGGUCCCUUUGCUGGGAUAAUGAUUGUUGAUUAUUGGCUCAUCCACAAGGGCCGUGUCGACGUGCCCUCCAUGUACCGCCCUCAUGGACGAUAUCGGUACAUUUAUGGGUUUAACUGGCGCGCGGUUCUCGCCAUCCUGUGCUCUGUCCCGCCGACGUUCCCAGGGUGGAUCAACUCCAUCAACCCCAAGAUCCGAGUCGGCGGCGUCAUGAACCUCUUCGACUUCGCGUGGAUAUUCGGGUUCACCGUUGCGUCCACUGUGUACUACGUCACAUCAAGCCUAUUCCCCGCGCAGGAGACGUUCCUCGAUGAGGCAAUCCUCGCAGACGACGCUAGUGCUGCGAGUGGGUCCAUCGGGUAUGAGGACGAGAAGAAGAGCGUCCGCGAGGCGGUGACGGUUGUGUCUGCAUGA